AUGGGUAGAUCUGGAUAUGAGACUACAAACAUAUGGUCAGCUGAAGAUCCCGAAACACCAUACUCAAUCUGUUCCGCAGAGACACCAGAAAUCGAGGAAGAUCAUCCGUUAUUUCCCUUAAAGGAUUUGUUCCUGCAGGUGGUCAUGUCGGCUUAUCAAGCGCGGGGGCGUCAGCGGGAUGAGAGUGUCCAAGCAUUCGACAACAUAGAACCAUCCAUUGAGCCUAUUGACAACGAUCAUGACGAAGAUGAGCGCCCACGCAAACGUGGUCGCUUUUUAGACAGCACUUCAAGUACCACAUCGGAAAAACAGACCCAGAGGACUCUUAAUAAGCGGCGAGCGCAAGACCGCCGAUUAUGGCUUGCCUGUCCAUAUGCGAAAAAGGACCCAGUCCAAUAUCGCGAUUGUUAUAGAUAUUUCCUGGGUAGGAUUCGUGAUGUUAAGCAACAUCUGACGCGUUGCCAUCGCAAGCCGAUAUAUUGCCCAAUCUGUAAUGAACUUUUUAGUGGCGAAGAGGAGAGGGAUUCCCACAUAAGACAGAGCACCUGUAAACCUCGCCCUUCUAUCAUAAUAGAAGGCGUCUCAGAAAAGCAGAAAAAGGAACUUAGCCAGAGAGUAUCCUCUAAAAUGCCAGAGGAACAACAGUGGUUCACUGUCUUCGACACCCUCUUUUCACCACAUCCUCGACCGAGAACACCGUAUCGCGAUAAAGAGCUCUCCGACGACUUAUGCGUUUUUCAUGACUUCAUGACGGCCAGAGGACCAACGCUUUUAGCUGAGUUUCUGGAAGCAAGAGGAGUGACCACUGCAAACCUUCCUCACGAGGAGGGUGACUUAUCGACAUUUAAGAAAGAGGUACUUGCAGAGGCGCUGCAGCGAAUCAUUGAUCAAUGGGCCAGCGAUAGUGCGACUAUUGGACGAGUCAGCGCUCCUCAUAGUCUACGGUCGUCACCAACUAUUGACUCGGGAAUUGCGAUGCAAUCUGGUUAUUCGCAAACAAGCGAAGAACAGAAACCCGAUAAUGCGCCUAGAGCGGGCCUCCCUCCCCUUAUUACGGGUAACAAAAGGAGCGAGGAAAAUGAGAACCGAUAUACAGUCGCUUUCAUCGAUCGGGGAGGAAAUCCGAGGAAGGAGGAGGGCACGGUCCAAGCCGAAGACGGAUCUGGGGACAGUUUUCAAUCUAUGAUGGACGCCAGCGCGACUUCGUCGAGGGAUAUCACCAUGAAUUCCAAUCAGGACCACGCGUUAGGCGCCUCUGAUGCUUUAACCAUGUCUCAAUUCGCAGCGCUAUCGGAGUAUGGCGAAUCUUCCAUUUUCAAUGCGCUGACCGAAGCUUCGGAUUCGUUCGACCAUUUAAAAUGGCCGCCUUGA